UCUUCAACUUGUCUUUUUUAUUUUCCUUGUGAUACCAUCGCGUCCAUUCUGAACUCGAGCCAAACAACAAAGCGCUCUCCAGCAGCAGCAGCGUGACCUCUUCUCUUCUUUUCUUUGUUUUUUCAAAGUCGCUCCCACCUCAGCCUGCACCCCCCACCGCGGAUUAGAGCGACGACAAACACAACCAGAAAUGUCGACCGAUCCCCAUUCAGCGGCAUCCGGAGCAGCAGCAGCAGCAGCAGCAGCAGUCUCAUCGGAGAAUGAGAAUGGCGAAUUGGACGAAUUUGAUCCAAUCUCACCGCUGCACCAACACUCUCGCCACCAUCACCACCACCAGCAGCAGCAGCAGGCUCAACCUCAGGGCAGCAGCAAUAGCUUCACUGUCAGUGGCCAUAGUAGUAGUAGUAGUAGUAGUAGUACAUCAUCAUCAUCAUUGGCUGCCAAUCCGAGCAAUGCGGCUUCUGCAAGGAUCACGAGUGUGACACCUGAGCAGCAGCGACCCGUGCAACCGCUUCAGCAGCACCAGCCACCACCAUCAUCAUCAGCAGCAGCAGCAUUGAACAUUGAGCAGCAGCAGCAGCAGCAACAGGAAGAGCUCAACGGGAGACCGUCGCCGUCAUCACUCACUGCGUCGUCGCCCGCGGGAGUGAGACGCAAGGUGGCCAAUCUCAAGAAGCGGCCGUCCUUCCAGACACCGGCCAGUGGUGGUGCUACUGCUACUACUAUGACGACGACUACUACUACUACUACUGGUACUGCUGCGGCUGCGGCUGCGGACGCGACCUCAUCUCCGUUCGCCAACAACUUUAUCAUGGAUGGCACGACUGCUGCUACUGCUACUACUGGCGCGCUCGCAGAGGCGUACGACCCGCUCAACGACAGCAUUGCGAUCAGCUUUGGCUCGUCAGCGACAAACAUUGCCAACGCAAAUGCCGCGGCGUCGGCCAUGGUGGGCAAUACAUGGCGAGACCGUGCCAACUCGGACGAGGACUUGGACGACGGCGAGCGAGGCUUGAACCGAUCCACCACGUUCAAGACGUCGUCGGGAUAUGGGAGCGUGUCCCAGCAGCAGCAGCAGCGUACGGUCAGUCGCACCGGAGGCCGCAUCAGCUCCACUCGCUUCCUUGGCGAAGGGACGGGAGCCGACAACGACGACGACGACAACACUCCGCUGCUGCGCCCAGGCACAAGCCACGCUCCUACCAACGCGAACGCGCAUAGCAUGAACGGCAUGGCCAUGGCCUAUCUUGGUGGCACAGUCGGCGAGGUCUCGGAAGGUCCCGUCGCUGCGAAAAAGCCUCCAGGCGGCCACGGCGCCGGUGGCCAUGCUGGAAGCGGCGGCGGCCACGGCACCAAGCACGGCGGCUCCCGCUGGGCAUCCGCACUCAAGACCAUCAUCCUACUAGGCUGCUUUAUUGCUGCCGCCGUCAUCUUUACUGCCAAUGACGAAAUGUCCGAGUCCUCCCCGAUGUAUGCCAUUUCCUCCAACACCUCAGCUUAUCACAACAUUAGCGUCUCGGACCCUUACGACGUUAUUGGAGUCCAUCUCAUCGCGCAACCUGGCCAGCACUCUCCGGACGAGCUGUUCACCGUCACGUUUCAUUUAUGGGGCUUUUCAGAAGGAGUAUGGUCCUUGGCAGAUACAAAGUGGGUUGUGAAUGUUUCCACGGCCGAGACGAGCGGCGACACGUUCAUCAACGUGGACAAGGAGCAUGAAUUCGAGGUGACUGGAAGUGUCGAUGCGCUUCGGCUGGUGAUUGGAACGGACUCUCCUCUUCCAGUUGCGGUUUCUGUCAAGGUUAUUGGUCAUCCUUAUUUCAUUCAUUUCCAGGUGGCCUUCGCCGCUACCAUCCUGCUCGGAGUGUACGUGCUGAUCAUCUUUGAAAUCAUUCAUCGCACUCUUGCCGCCAUGUUUGGCAGCUUCUUUACGCUCGGCAUUCUCGCAAUCUUGAACAAGCGACCUGCUUUGACGGUGAUUGUGGCUUGGAUUGACUACGAGACCGUUUGCCUCUUGUUCGGCAUGAUGACCAUGGUGGGCAUUUUUUCCGAAACUGGAUUUUUCGAGUACGCCGCAGUCAAGGCGUACAAGUUCUCGAAAGGCAAAGUUUGGUAUCUUGUCACCAUGCUCUGCAUGUUCUCGACCAUCGUGUCUGCCUUUUUGGAUAACGUCACUACUAUUCUGAUCAUGACGCCCGUUUGCAUUCGUCUUUGCGAAGUGCUGAAUCUCGAUCCCCUUCCUGUGUUGAUCGCUCAAGUGCUCUUUUCCAACAUUGGAGGCACAGCAACGGCUGUCGGUGAUCCGCCGAAUGUCUUGAUUGUGGCCAACAAGCAGAUGAGCGACAAUGGCAUCAACUUUACCAAUUUCACCCUGCACAUGAUGGUCGGCGUCAUUUUCGUCACCGCAGCGUGCUAUGGCAUGCUGCGCUUCAUGUACCGACACAAAAACCUCGAGGUGAACGAUUCGCCCGAGGUCGCCGAGCUCAAGCGCGAGAUUGUGAUUUGGCGUCGAGCAGCAGCCCACGUCUCUGGAGCGUCUUCUCACGAAGAAAGCCACGUUCGCGAGCUUUUGGACAAGAAGGUUCUUGAGCUGAACGAGUACUUGGCUCGCGCAUCUCAAGAAGAUAUGGGUCAGUGGGAAAUCAACACGAAGCAACUGGAAGCGCAGUACAAGGUGCGGAAUUUUCCGCUGUUUAUCAACUCGUGCCUGGUCCUCGGCAUCUCCAUCCUGUUCUUCUUCCUGCACUCGCUCCCCGAGAUUCACCUUGAUUUGGGCUGGAUUGCCAUCCUUGGCGCGUUGGCUCUGCUUCUCUUGUCCAACAACCUCGACAUGGAGCACAUUCUCGCCAAGGUCGAAUGGGGCACGCUUCUUUUCUUUGCGGCACUUUUCAUUCUAAUGGAGGGCCUUUCCGAGCUCGGUCUCAUCACUUUUAUCGGCGACCAAACGGCUACUUUGAUCAAGUCGGUCGAUCCUGAUAGCCGCCUGACCGUCGCCAUCAUCAUUAUUCUGUGGGUCUCUGGCCUGGCCUCUGCCUUUAUUGACAACAUUCCCUUCACCACCGCAAUGAUCCCCGUGGUUACCAACCUCGCAACAGAUCCGGAUGUUGGCCUCCCUCUUGGGCCGCUGGUCUGGGCACUUGCGUUUGGCGCGUGUCUUGGUGGCAACGGAACACUGAUUGGCGCCUCUGCAAACGUUGUGUGCGCUGGUCUAAGCGAGCAGCACGGCUAUCCAAUCUCGUUCUUGAACUUUUUCAAGACGGGCUUCCCCAUCAUGAUUGUUUCUCUCGUCGUCGCGACAAUUUACCUGCUGAUUGCACACAGCUGGCUCGGCUGGCAGUAAAUUUUUUUUCUUCUUGAGCGCGGUUUUGUGUGUGUGGUGUGUAUGUGUGUGUGGUGGGUGUGUGUAUGUGGUGGGUGUGUGUGUUUGAUUUGUGUGAUGUCAAUUGUAAGGAAAAACUUGAACAACA